AUGAGGCCAACACAGAUUCUCUGCGGACAGGCUCGGGUGGUCCAGGUCACUGCCCAGCCUCCUGGUCUGCCCUGGCUCAGGAGGGAAAUUCUCUGUGGGGUCUGCUUCCCUGCAGGACAGCAAAUCUUAUUGGCCCAGAAUAAAGGCUGCUCUUCGGGAGCCUGUUCUGCACUGGCCUUCUCGGUGACACUCGGGGACAAGAGGGCAUUCCGCUAUGACCGCCGGUGCUGCGACGGCCAGCGGUGUAACAAGGAGAAUGUCACGCUGUCACUGAAGUCCUCAAAGCCCAAUGGCAUUGAGUGCCCUGCUUGCUACAAUGCAACCGGCCUGUCCUGUACCCCAGUCCAACUACAGUGCACGGGGGAAGAGACGAAGUGCAUCGAGGUGGUUGGCACAGCCUCGUUUCUUGGCGUGUCUCUCUUUUCCCCGUUGGGUAUGGGCUGUGCGACUGCCUCUGCCUGCCAGUUGGAUUUGAGUAUCAUGUAUGGCUUGUACGUCCGUUCCUCCUGCAGGAACAGCGGGAACCUUCCAUUGAUUUCCAUGGCCUCAGCAAUUCUGCCCGGUCUUUUCCUGCUAGAAGUCUUGCUUUGAUUGUCCGGGCACUGGAAAGUCCAUAAACCUAUAAACUUCAAGAUAUUGGAGUGCUGGGGAUUUUCUUUUUCACCAAUAUUCCCCC